AUGCCUUGUGGAUCGACUGCUCGCCCUGGCUCCAUCUGCUCCUCGCUCGACACUCGACUCGCGGAAACAGUGACGUGUACAGUCCAUUCAGUCCGCGCAGAGGCGAGUCCGAGCCGGGAGUACUGUCACAGCGGCUGCAUCAGAAUGUCAGAAGGGGACAGUGCUGGUGAGUCGAUCCACGGGAAGCCAUCAGUAGUCGGAGUAUUUUUCACACGGAUAGGACAGGUGUAUCAGUCAUGGCUCGACAAGUCCACGCCGUUCUACGCAGUGAGAUGGGCCGCGACCCUAUUACUGACGGCACUCUAUAUGAUCAGAGUCUACAUACUACAGGGCUGGUACAUAGUAACUUAUGCUUUGGGAAUCUACCAUCUCAACCUCUUCAUCGCUUUCCUAUCGCCAAAAGUGGACCCGUCGAUGCUUGAUGAAGACGACGGCCCGGCUCUUCCAACCAAGCAGAACGAGGAGUUCCGUCCAUUCAUCCGGCGGUUACCAGAGUUUAAAUUCUGGCAUUCGGCCACGAAAGGCAUUGCCAUCGCCAUGAUCUGCACGUUCUUUGAGGCCUUCAAUGUGCCGGUGUUCUGGCCCAUCCUGGUCAUGUACUUCAUCAUGCUCUUCUGCAUCACCAUGAAGAGGCAGAUUAAGCACAUGAUCAAGUACAGAUACCUCCCAUUCACGCAUGGCAAGAGGACGUACAAAGAGGAGACAUAA